AUGUCAGACAAGCCAGGUUUUGACAUCGAAAAUGUUGAUCAGGAGAAGGGUUUCAAAAAACAGCAAGAAAUGGUUAACAGGACUGUGCUGUCAAAACAAGUAAGAAUACUGUUCGUUUCUAACCCGAACAAACUGCCAUUGCGUGAAGUGGUGAAGAGGUUUUCAACCGAAAUAAUCAGAUACGAUAAUUCAUCUGACGCAAGCCCUCUCGGAUGGGCGAAAUCAGCCGGCGGAACUAAUGAAAGUACCUGUUUUCGAGCAGAGAUGAGCUCUCCUUUCUGGGAUUACUUCCUGGAGAAAGGAAAAAGGUGUAUCGCUGAAUAUAAUCGGAAACACAAGUGCAACGUCAAGCUAUUGCGAGACCAUAGCGUGAAGGUUGCAGAUUUAGAGAGUCUCAGUUUGUAUCUUCGUAAGAAGAUACGAGAGUAUUGUCAUCUCCACCAUUUUGAUAUUCCUGAGGUUCAAAUAAAGAACGGUUAUUUAUCAAUCAAGAGUAACAAAAUGCCUGAAGCCUUGAAGAUAAAGUCCACGUUACUUGCCAUCAAGCUGGGAUGGUCCUAUCACGACUGGAGUGGUAUACCAAUAAAGGAAUUGCUGACUGACAACGAAGCAAAAGAUUUUACUGAAGGAAAAAUCAAAUGGUGUUCGCUUAAAUUGGAAUCAAUUCUACACAUUGAUGUAUCAGCAGUGUCAGAUCUGUCUCAGUCCAAUUCUGAGGAUUCCAGAAUCAGUCGUAAGCGUGAAGCAACGCAGGAAGAGACAUCGGCGCCAAAAAUGGCAAGGCGUGUUAAUGAAGAUGAGGAGAAAGAAGAGUGA